AACUGGGCAACUUUUCCUAACUCUUCCUGCACUUGAUUUGGGUAACUGUUAGCGCGUUCGCCUGACAUGCGCCUUUUACGCAAAUAUGCACCUGCAGCUCGGCCUGUGAUUGGCUGAAAGCACGGUCAGAUUCGGCCUGCGCACUUAUCAGAUUGUAAAUCAGGGAGGAGAACGAGCAAAGACACGGCCACAAGUGGAGAUGCACCGCGCACUGCUUUGACUUUGGCACACUUGGAGAUUUGGGAUGCACUUUGGAGAGCUUCUAUUUUUUGUGAAUUUGAGGAUUUUUACUUCAAUUUGCCGUUUUAUUUAUUGACUUGGAUUUUAAAACUAGGCCCUACACGAGCUUUUGGUAACCCGUGUCUGUCCUGCUUUAGUGUCGUCAUCAUGCCUCGCUCGUUCUUGGUGAAAAAGCGUUACAAGGUCCACAGAGCGCACAGCCACGAGCCCAAGGCCUUCAUCUGCGCAGAUGUGGUUCCAAAGGUGGAGAGCUCGGAGAGGUUCUCCAGGCCACCCCCAGAGGAGAGACUGUCAGGAGAGACAGUGUCAGAGGAGAGACUGUCAGAGCAGGACCACAGCACUGCAGAGGAGGACCAGGUCAAGCCCCAGUGCCCUGUCUCUAUGCACCCUGAGAACUCUACACCCCCGGCCGCCAACACCUGCUACCUCUCAGAUCCAUCAGAGUAUCCUCCGUACUACAAGCCGGCGUACUGGAUGUGCAACUCCUACGACCUGCGACACCUGACCUUCAGCCCCACGGUGCUCCAGCACUCGGGCCCCCUGUACAGCCCCCAGUCCCCCCAGCAGAGGAGCAGCAGCAGCAGCCCGCCUCCCCCCCAGCCCCUGGACUGUUCCACUGCCUACUCGCUCUCCUCCAACACCUACCACUGCAUCACCUGCGACAAGGUGUUCUCCACUCCUCACGGGCUGGAGGUGCACGUGCGGCGCUCUCACAGCGGCACACGGCCUUUUGGAUGCAGCAUCUGCAGAAAGACGUUUGGACACGCCGUCAGUCUGGAGCAGCACAUGAACGUACACUCACAGGAGAAGAGCUUUGAGUGUAAAAUGUGUGGUAAGACAUUUAAGCGCUCGUCCACUCUGUCCACUCACCUGCUCAUCCACUCGGACACACGGCCCUACCCCUGCCAGUUCUGUGGGAAGAGGUUCCACCAGAAGUCUGAUAUGAAGAAGCACACUUACAUCCACACAGGUGAAAAACCGCACAAAUGCCAGGUCUGUGGAAAGGCGUUCAGCCAGAGCUCCAACCUGAUCACCCACAGCCGCAAACACACGGGCUUCAAACCGUUCGGCUGCGACAUCUGCAACAAGGGCUUCCAACGCAAAGUGGACCUGCGGCGCCACCAUGAGGGCCAGCACGCCAAGUGAGGAGCGAGGAGCCGCAAAAAGACUGCAUGAUGUGUGCUGUAGUCCCAGAGUUAUAAAAAGACUGCAUCAUGUGUGCUGUAGACCCUCAGUCAUACAGGAGUGGUCUAGAAUGAGUGGUAGACAUUACACUGUGUUCAUUCUGAAACAAAGCCUGAACUUUACUUUUUAAAAUUGUUGUUACCAUAAAGGCCAAUGCACACCAGAGCACGGUGUUCCAUGGCAUGUCAUUUUUUUUUUUUCACGCGCACCACUGCAUCCCGAUUCAACAAACCCCAGUUAACACUCAGAGUGCAGGCUCACCCCUGGUUUGUGCACGUUCAUAAAAAAUAACUAUGUGCCAUGGUUAAACUGCCAAAGAGAUAACAUUUCGAGGGGGUAUUACACUUGUAUGGAAUAUUCAUUAACACAACAUUUGAAUCCCUAUGUUACAUUUUUGUUUGAUAUGCUGUGUUUUUAGUUCUUCCUCUCCUUGCUCCCCACGCCCAGUCACUCCCCUUUCAGAGCGCUAUCACAACACAAUCAGCGUGUAUCUUGCUAUUGAAACUACAACACAUUGGAUUAGAUUUGUGAAGCAAUAGUUUAUUUUUUGUCAUAUGUUUCUGUAUAUUUAUGGGGAGUGUGGGUGAUGUGGGUCGUGCAUUGUACACACUCUUACAGCUAACCAUAAGAAAGCUUUGAAUAAGGUCAUCGCUAGAUGACACAAACAUGCAUGAAUGACAUAUAAAUCCACUUCAGGUAUAUUUUUGAUGAGGGAACAUUUCAUCAAUUUUGCUUAAUACCCCUUCUUUAAAGUUUUGCAUGGCGUGUCUCCUUUAAUGGAAAAAUAAGUUCUGUUACAGUAAUCUUUGUUUACAUGAGACCUAAAGUGGACUAAUUGACUUUCAAAUACUUCAAAACUACUUUCUGCAAUUGCACGAAUGAAUAAGCUUAACUUUUAAAUGCAUAUCAGUUUGAAAUUUCAGUUUAUUUAUUCCUGAGAGCACUAAAAAUAAAAUACAAUCACUUCUCAAAUACUUUUUAAAAUUGUGUUUAUGUAAACAUUUACAGUCCUUAGUGUGUUAUAUUUAAAUUAAGGUGUUUUUUUUUAUUAUUAUUAUUAUUUGUAUAUUUAAUCUGUAUUUAUAGUUCAUUGUUACUACUGAAUGUAUGUGUGUGGGGUUGGGUCAGAACUAUUAUGCAAUUCCUUUUGGACCAAAGAUUUAAAUGCCAAAUGUAGCCUUAUUCUUCUAAUGUAAAAGUUAUAUGAAGAAUGUUGUGUUAUUUAUUCAAACUAUUUUUAUGCCAUAUUCAUGUUUGUGUUACUGACACAAAAUAAAGAGCCUUGUAAAAUC